AUGGGUUCCGCCUUCAGCAAAGCGCGACUGGUCCUCCAGGCGCUCUCGCAGCUCAGCAAGACAUAUGACAUACUUAAUGGACGUCUCCAGGCCUCUCCAGGCUUGCCUGUUCCGGAUCCUACCCUCCCCCUCUGGACGGUGCCCCCUAAACCAGUGCCCACAGAGCCGGCAUGGCUGCCAACCUAUGCGGACGUUGUUAUCAUUGGUUCAGGUAUCACCGGCACCUCCGUGGCGUACAAUGUUCUCGCACGCGAGAGGUUCGUGAGAAUCGUCAUGCUCGAGGCUCGCGAAGUCUGCUCGGGGGCAACUGGCAGGAAUGGCGGACACGUAAACCCGCCUCUCUAUCACGACUACAGCGAGCUUGAGGAAACGUACGGCGCGCACGCCGCUAAGAUCAUGAUCGCCUUCCGCCGCGCACAUCUGGCCGAAGUGCAGCGUAUCGCUGCGGCGGAGGGCAUCCAGGAGCAGUCGCAGUGCCGCGAGACGGUGCACCUCGAUGUGUUCACGUGCCCGAAGGCGUUUGCUGAAGCGAAGGAAAACCUCGCGAAAUGGCGCGCAGUCAUGCCUGUCGAGUCCGCUAGUUUUGUGUGCCAUGAGCGCGAGGAAGCAAUAGAGAAAUUUCACCUCGCGGACGAGGUUCUCGGCUGCAUCUCCAAUGCAGGUGGCGCAAUGCACCCAUACCGCUUCGUGACCUCACUGUUAUCCAUCCUCAACAGCCGCCACUUCGGCACCUUUCAAGUCUGUACGCACACCCCCGAUUGUCUCCCAGUGGGUCAGAUGCUCUCCGGGGACCUCUACGCAGUCACGACACCUCGCGGCACUCUGCACGCGCGACACGUCGUGCACGCAACGAACGGCUGGGUCUCACACCUGCUCCCCGCACUACGCACCAAGAUCUCGCCCGCGCGCGGCGCGAUGUCCGCCCAGCGCCCGGGACGCGCGCUCUCCGCCUCGACGCUCGACGGCGCGCGCUCGUUCGUCUUCUACCGCGGCACGGCGGGGUACGACUACCUCACGCAGCUGCCCGCGGGCGAGCGCGAGCUCAUGUUUGGGGGCGGGUGGGCGCAGGCGUGCGACGACGGGCUGCCGGAGAUCGGGAUCGCGGACGACCGGAGCGUGAAUCACGCGAGCCAGAGCUACCUUGCGGGCGCGCUGCCGCAGUACUUUGGCGCGCGGAAUUGGGGCGGGGAGGCGGAGGUGCUGGAUCGGGGCGAGGGCGGGGUGCAGUGGGGAGGGGGGAGGACGAAGGCGCAGUGGAGUGGGAUUUUGGGGAUCUCGGCGGACUUGCUGCCUUGGGUUGGCCGGGUACCGGAAACGCUCGCUCAGCGUACGGCGACGACUCUUGUCAUGGGUCCUACCGACGAUAAGGAGAAGGGUGAGCGGGUGCUGCCGCACCUCGCUGAGUCGGGUGAGUGGAUCGCGGCGGGAUACUCGGGCGAGGGGAUGGUGCAUGCGUGGAUGAGCGGGAAGGCGCUCGCGCAUAUGAUUCUGGACAAGGAUGACGAGAUUCGUGAGUGGUUCCCUGACAUCUUGCGCGUGACCGAGAAGCGGUGGAAGGAGGCGAAUGUGGAGCACCUCAUCGAGCGGUUCAUGUAGAGGUGGGAGUGCGCUUGC